GCAAGCGGGAUGUCUGCCUCUUGGGAGCCUUCCUGGAAAGCUGCUUCCCUCACAAGUGACACCCGGAGCCGUCAAACCCCGAGCCCUGCCUCCCUCCCCGGCCCGCCUGUGGGCACACACCCGGGUGAGGAGAGGAGCCAUGGCUCCCCCUAAGCUGCUCCGCGGGGAGGGACAGGCGGGAAAAGCCGAGAGAAGUCCCCUCAUUCCCUGACAGGCACCUGUCCCCGACGGGACAUCACCACCGCCACCGCAGCGCGCAUGCGCAUCUCCCGCCCUCCCAAAUCCCGUCCCCACUCCGGGUACCGGUCCCCAUAACCCAACUCUCGGUCUUAUCGGAGGAGCCGCCUCCGCCCGCUGUGUUCCUGACACAACGGGACCUCCCCGGGCAGCUCUCAUGGCCGAGGCGGCGAAGCCCCCGCGGCCCGGGAUCGGCGUGGGGGUGGUGGUCACCAGCUCCGCGCACCCCAACUGCGUCCUCCUGGGCAAGAGGAAAGGCGCGCUGGGGGCCGGCACCUACCAGCUGCCCGGAGGACACCUGGAGUUCGGGGAGAGCCUGGCGGACUGCGCCGCGCGGGAGACGCUGGAGGAGGCGGCGCUGCCGCUGCGCAACUUGCGCUUCGCCUCCGCCGUCAACUCAGUGUGCACCGCGGCGCGGUACCACUACGUCACUGUCCUCAUGAAGGGCGAGGCCGAGCCAGGGGCGGAACCGCGCAACUGCGAACCCGAGAAGAACGAGGGUUGGGAAUGGGUGAAGUGGGAUGAAUUUCCUCCAGCAGACCAACUGUUCUGGGCCUUACGCUGUUUAAGAGAGCAGGGUUACAAUCCCUUUACAGAAGAGCUCGAUCAUCUCAAGGGUUACACAGGAAGCCACCAACUGGGGUAAAAACUAAUUGUACAUUAUGGAACACACCAAAGGACAGAGAUGCCUUUUAGGUGUAAAAGAGAACAAGAUACAUAAGGCUCAUUCUGCCCGUGUGGAAAUGCUACGCUUCCCACAGCCAAAAAGAUGCCAAAUGUUUCAGUGCUUCCACUGUAUCUCAUGUAACAGUUGUCUCUCCUUCCAGACCUAUUUCUGGCUUUAGUGGUUAACAAUGUCUUCUUUUACAGAAAACCUAGUGUUUUGUCUGGUUAAUCUUUUUAUGGAUAAAUAGCCCUUUUGAAGUUUAGUUUACAAGCUGACUCAUUUGGAAACAGUUGCUGCAUUAGGCCCAAGAGAAACUGAUUUAUUUAGGCCCCCUUCCUGCUUCCAAUCUAAAACUACCUUGUACAUCAUGCUGCUUUCCUUUCAUUGUAACUCUUGGACCAAUUUUUAGCCUUGUCUCUUAGCUUCAGUAAAGAUAUUAUCAUGAACAAAAGUCACAUUUUCCAGAUUAGGCCUUGUUCUCCUGCAGACAGUAAUAUAUACUUGAAAAUUGGGGGAUUAUAAACAUGAAAGAGUCACAGGGGCCUGUAGGGAAUGAAAAUUCCUGCUUGCUUCCCCCUUCAUUUCAGUUCUGUUUGCAGCCUCGGUUACAUUAGAAUUUAUCUGCAGAAGCAGUUCAGGUGUCUGCAGCUGAUGCCAAUUCCUGAUCAUGUUACUGAACUCUUAAUGGUUUACAGCAAAGAUGGGUGUAAUUCUGUAUGGCUACUGGGAUAUGACAGCAUAAUAAAUUUUCAGUUUGAUAUGAUCAGAUGACUGAAUUGGUAGAAAAUGAAAUCACAGUAUACAAGGAUAUAUAAAAAACCAAUGAGUUUAUACUUUUAAUUUUUCUAGAAUCUAACCAAAUUUAAUUCUGUUCCAUCUGUAGUCAUUAAGAUACCAGCAAUUAAUUUUAGGAUAAGACUUUUUUUAAAAAUCACAAAUUGGCUCAUUUUUUCUCUUCAGGGUUCUUUUACCUGUUAGGGCAUACCCAUUGUUCAAAAUGUUCUGAAAUACCUUUAAUUUCUUUUAAAUAAAGCAGAAACAAUAUUGAAAGAUUAAAAUUGUCUGAAAUUAUUAAUCGACUUGUCAGUUCUUAUAAUAGUUUGAAGGGUUUAAAGUUCUUUGCACAUACAUUUUCUUAAAUGAAAAUGGUAUUUUGCAGAGGAGAGUGAUACUGACCAUCAGAAGCCUUCUGCUUAGAAUCUGAAGUACUAUCUGUGCAACUUUCCUUAGGACAGAUAUUCUUUGAAGUGAAGAAGAGAAUGUUGUAAAGCAGUUUUGCAAUGGAAAUAUCACUGAAAAUUCCUUUACUACUAGAUCUUUGUAGAGAGCUUAUUUUUUCUAUUCAAAAGUGGAGAUUUUCUUCCUGAGUGCAGCUUUAUGUACACUGAAAAUUAUUCCGUUCAGCUGUCAAUAAAAAGGCUGUAGAAAGAGUUGACAGAUGUCCUCUCCAUCUGCCCCAUACAAUAAUUAAUUUUUUUUAUUAAUUUUUUUUAAAAUUAAAACAGUUUGGUACAAUUUUAACUUUUAAAAGGCAUCUAGCUCCUGAUGGAAAAUGGGCAUCCCUG